UUCAGUUUCAAUAUGCCUUCAGGUGAAGUGAACUCUGCCGAUCUUUUCAAAGAGGAUCUUUACGCUGCUCUGGACGUCGAAAGCGCAGCCGAGGAAAAGGAAAUCAGAAAAGCAUACAGAAAGAAAGCCCUCACGUGCCAUCCAGAUAAGAACCCAGACAACCCAGAUGCAGCUGAGCAAUUUCGGAAGCUAAGUGCUAUUUUUGAAGUUCUAGUCAAUGUCGAAACCAGAAAAGAGUAUGAUCGAAUUUUGAAAGCGAAAAAAGCGGCCGCUGAACGAAGUUACCAACUUGAUGCUAAGAGAAGAAAAUUGAAAGAAGAUCUAGAACGAAGAGAACGAGAGGCUAAUUUACAAAAGGAAAGGCAAGAAGAGGUGAAAAUUGUUCAAAAUUUAGAAAAACUAUUGAAAGAUUUGAGAGCGAAUGGAUCAAAAUUGUUGCACGAAGAGCAAGAGUUACUCAAAAAAGAUAUAAAGAGCGCUUCAAAUGAACGCAAAACAUCUGUUUCAAAAUUGAAAAUCAAGUGGAAUAAAGAAGGUUGUCCUAUUUAUGAUAGUAUUUCCUUAACUAAACUGCUGGCAAAGUACGGAGAAAUAAACGCAUUAGUUGUAUCAUCGAAGAAAAAAGAUUCGGCCAUUGUCGAGUUUGCGACUAACGAAGCGGCUGUUAUGACAUUUAGAAAUGAAAUCGGUGUUUUAAGUAAUCGGUUGUGUUUUGAAUGGAUAGGAGAUCCACCGCAAGAGUGUUUUAGUCGGCCUGCUCCAAUGAAGCAAAAAGAGAAAGUACCUAAAAAUGUAGUACCAGUUGCAACGCCAGCUGGUGAUUUUGACCUUGAACAAGAAGAGGAGGAAGUUUUUGCGGUUUUGAGACGCGCGGCUGAAAAACAGAAGUUAGCUGAGCAGAUGAAGAUUGCAACACCUACAGAAGAUCUAGACGUUUAUGGUGCCACGUAGUAUCAUCGAGGAGCCUACUUAGACUUGUCUUAGAAGCCAACUGAUCCAC